GCUUGAAUGUUUUCUUGUACAGAUAAAUAUUUGUUAACGAGAACGCCUUCGUUAGGUUGAUGCGUUCAUGGAAAAGCAGCAACCACAGGUAUAUAUCGAUUAUAUAAAAAACUUGUGCGUGAAUGUACGUUGAAAGAUGGUACAGAUAAUCGGUACCUUCAUUAUAAAAGCUAUUAACAAAAAUAUUUGAAUUAAUCUAAAGUAUAGAAAGGAACUCGAUACUGCUAUAUUUCUUUGUGGUCUUACCUAUAGUUUUUAUUAUUAAUAUAUUUUAUUGUUUGGGUGCGGAAUGUGGUUGCCUCUAAACGAACUUUUGGAAGUGGAAUCUCUCAAUGAAUUUUUAUACUAUAUAAAAUCUGAUUGGCGCAUCUACCAAUUAUAAAAUGAUACAUGAUUAAGAUAAAACUGCAAAGAAGAUAACGAAAUUGCAUUGGACCAAACAAAUUUUUUUGAAGAUGGGGAGCCAAUUUUAUUCAUCCUAUCCAGAAUAAUUCGAUGUCUAUUUAGACAGUCAAUUUCAUGCUCCUCAGAAAAAUAAGUGUGAAAUUUAUGCGAGAAUCGCCGUUAUAAUUAUACUAUUAAGCAAAGAUGCCUAUGUAAAAAAUAUUCUCCCAUAUCUUGGGUAGAACAAAAUAAAAUUUAGAGUAAUUAUUAAUUUAUAUAUAUUCAGUGGUCCUAAGUGUAUUCCAAACCCAAUCAACCUUUAAUUUUGACAAACGCAGAUUUAUUCUGAUCCGGCUUUGAGUUAUUAAUAAUUUAAUAUAUAGUAUUAUAUACUAAUUUUAUAUCAAUAUUUAUACAAUUAUACCUAUCAAUGUGGGUGUGUUUAAAUACAAAUUUUAAGUUUCAAACCAAGACAUCUCUCCAAAGAUUUGUUAAUCAUGGUAUAUAGGCAAAUUAUUUCCAUUCAACUAAAAUAUUUAAUUAUAUAUAUAUAUAUUAAACUUUUAUUAAUUGAUAAUCCAAAAUAACAUUUAAAAAAUUCUUCAAAAAAUAACACUUUAAUUGUGGUUUUGAAGGUGCAUGUAGUUUUGCACACACACCAACUACACAAACGAUGAAAGGUGUAUUGGCCAACAUCAAAUCUCUUCUUCUUCUUUUUUUUUUUUUGAAUCAAAUAUCUUCUUUAUGUUAUCUUUAUUUUUUUGUCAUCAAUUAUGUUAUCUUUAUUUAGCUGAACUUGUUUUAAAUGAGACAUGAAUGUUUGAAUCGCUCUAAAUCAGAUACAUGUUUAUGAAUCGUACGUCUUUCCGUUAUUUUCUUUCUUUAUCAUCAAUGUUGUUUUACUCUGAUCUCUCAAUAAGGUAUGAGCUUUUGUAAUAGUACAAAAUAAUCAUCGUUAAAGAGAGUGUGUCGAUGUAAGAUAUAUAGCCCAUAUGUAUCUAAAUAUCUUCUGAAUUAAUAAAAAUAUUCACAUAUGAUACAAUCAUCUAGUACAAAUUAAAUCCGUACGUGGAACAUUUACUGUUCUAUAAGUGAUCCAAGUCUGAAGCACAGAAAAUGGCUUGCAUAUAAUAAUGUGUAGAUGUAUGUAUGGUUUAACAGAGUAAGUUGGGGUUCGAAAGUGAAUUAAUAAUAUAACUGAUUUCCGUGUGAUCUUAAUACUUUUGUGCGCAAAAUCUUUUCUAAUAUUUCUUUUUUUUUUGUUUGAAAAAUCUUUUCUAAUAUUUCUUCAAAAAUAAAUAUAUAUAGACAUGAAUAAACUGUCGAAGAUUUUAUAUAUUUAUGUAUAUAUAUACGCAUGGCGUAACAGGAUCCAUUAGGGUUCUAUAAUGAACUAGUGCUACUAAUUAAAAUCGAUUUCCUUGCGAUCUUACUAUAUUUGUGAAUAAUCUUUUUAAAUGUUUCCACAACUGCAGAAGAAUAAAGACAAGGUCUACGCAAGUGGGAAUUAAUUAAUCUUAAUUCUUAUAAUAUUGUUAUUGAAAUAAGAAUUUUAAUUUGGACUUUUGCAACUUUACAAUUAUGGCCAUUGGAUAAUUAAAAAAUGCGCACUCCUAUCCAUUUUGAGAAUAAUCAAAAGAAAAGGCAUUGUCUAUAUCAAUACUCAUCCCUCUUUGCACCUGAAGACUUUGGAUGAAAACCAAAAAGUAAAACACUUUGGAUUUCAUUUCGAUCGUUUACUCUUCCGAUUUUUUGUUUAACAAAAUCUUUUUUUUUCAGCUACCAACUAUUUUCUCCCUAUCGUUCAAUAUUUCAUUGAACGUGCAACAAGAUCAUAGGUUUCUGAUACAAAAGUGGCUAUCCAGGUCUCUCUUGCUUGGUCUUUGAUGGAUAACAUCAAUUUUGAAACCUCAAACGCUUCACAAGGAAGCCGGCUACACUUGCACUCGCAAUCACAACCGCCCCAGCUGUUUAAUUUACAAGACGUGAAUAUGAACCAUUACAAUCAAUCAUCUCCAUGGACCAGCGAGACGUUCUCGGGUUAUACUCCAUACGAUAGCACAGUCAAUCAAUCUCUCUCCGUGCAAUGUUCGUCUUCAAAACCCUGUCAUGCCUUGUUUCAUCCUUACCAUCAUCAAUCUUCGGAUCAUCCAUCAGUAGACCAAUCCCAAUCGAUGGUUCCUAUGCAACUUCUUCAGGAUCAAUAUUUAAAGCCAUUAUAUCAAAAAUCAUGUGCUAAUGAUUUCGCCGCAACAAAUGCUUCAUCAUCCUCAUACUCUCUUUCUUUUGAUGCAAGUCAAGAUCCACAAGAACUAUGCAGGAGGACCUACAGUACUUCUAAUGUAACACAACUUGAUUUCUCAUCAUCACAUCACCAAGCUAAGCAAACACAUCCAAGAUUUUCUUCUCAUUCCUUCUCAGCCCAUGGAGGCUCCAUGGCUCCUAAUUGUGGGACGGUUGGGAACAAGACAAGGAUAAGGUGGACCCAAGAUCUUCAUGAGAAGUUCGUGGAAUGCGUUAACCGCCUUGGUGGUGCUGAUAAGGCAACACCCAAAGCGAUACUGAAGCUGAUGGAUUCUGAAGGACUCACAAUAUUUCAUGUUAAAAGCCAUCUACAGAAGUAUAGGAUUGCGAAAUACAUCCCUGACUAUCAAGAAGGCAAGUUUGAGAAGGGAUCUUGUUCAAAAGAGCUGUCUCAGCUUGACACAAAAACUGGAGUGCAAAUUAAAGAGGCACUCCAGCUUCAGCUAGACGUUCAGAGGCAUCUUCAUGAACAACUAGAGAUUCAAAGAAACCUGCAACUAAGAAUCGAAGAACAAGGGAAGCAAUUGAAAAUAAUGAUAGAGCAACAACAAAAGACAAAAGAGUGUCUUCUUCUCAAGUCACCAAACGCUGAAGCAUCGUUGUCUCACUCUGCUUCUGAUCACUCUCCUCCACCUUACUCAAUUCAAGAUGCAGAAGCCCUGUUGCUAACAACUUAUGGAGACACUCAAUUCCAAUCAAAGAUAAGCUGAACAAUGAGAGAUUGGCUAAAUAGAAAAGGCCUAAUUAAAGCAUGUUUUUUUUACUCUUACUCUAUUCAAAGUACUGGUGUAAAGUUAUAAGAGUCGCGACAAGAGAAUGUCCAAAGUGCUAUACACACACUAACACUUGGAAACAGAAUCAGGUACUUACAUGUGUGCAAGUGGUGUGUGAUGGAGUCUUAGUCAUAUAUAGACUAAUAUAUAGAUGUGUGUGAUUAUUCUUAAUUAACUAUGUGCUUUUAAAAAUUCACACGAAGAGAUAGCUUCUUAAAUUAGUAACGCUACUUUUAACA